CCAAGUGACAGGGGUGUUCAUGAAGAACUGGGACUUGCUGGAUGAGCAUGGAGUUUGCACUGCUGACAAAGACUGCGAAGAUGCUUACAGAGUUUGCCAAAUCCUAGACAUCCCUUUCCGUCAAGUGUCCUACGUGAAGGAGUAUUGGAAUGAUGUGUUCAGUGAUUUUUUGAAUGAAUAUGAAAAAGGAAGAACUCCCAACCCCGACAUAGUCUGCAACAAGCACAUCAAGUUCAGCUGUUUCUUUAAUUACGCUGUGAAUAAUCUUGGAGCAGAUGCGGUCGCUACAGGUCACUAUGCACGAACUUCCCUGGAAGAUGAAGAGGUUUUCCAGCAGAAGCACAUUAAGAGGCCAGAAGGGCUUUUCAGAAAUCGAUUUGAAAUUAGAAAUGCGGUAAAACUUCUCCAGGCAGCUGACAGCUUUAAAGACCAGACCUUCUUUCUCAGCCAGGUUUCCCAGGAUGCCCUGAGGAGAACCCUCUUCCCUCUGGGGGGAUUAACCAAAGAUUUUGUAAAGAAAAUAGCUGCUGAGAAUAGACUUCAUCAUGUGCUUCAGAAGAAAGAGAGCAUGGGCAUCUGUUUCGUUGGUAAAAGAAAUUUUGAAAAUUUCAUCCUCCAGUAUUUACAGCCUCGACCUGGUAAAUUUAUUUCUAUAGAAGACAGUAAAGUUCUGGGAACGCAUAAAGGUUGGUUCCUGUACACUUUGGGCCAGAGAGCCAAGAUAGGGGGCUUACGCGAGCCCUGGUACGUGGUGGAGAAGGACGGCACCAAGGGUGAUGUGCUGGUGGCCCCCCGGACAGACCACCCGGCCCUGUACAGGGACCUGCUGCGGACCGGUCGCGUGCACUGGAUUGCAGAGGAGCCGCCCGCAGCCCUGGUCCGAGACAAGAUGAUGGAGUGCCACUUCCGGUUCCGCCACCAGAUGGCGCUAGUUCCCUGCUCCUUCCUCCCAGGAGCCCGAGGCCUGGGGCUGAGCACACUUGGCAAGGCCUGUGCCCUCCUCCAAGGGUCCUUCUCUUCACCCAGUGCCCUGUGUGCUGACCCUCAAUCAAGAUGGCACCGUGUGGGUGACGGCGGUGAAGGCUGUGCGGGGUCUCACCCUGGGACAGUUUGCCGUGUUCUACAAAGGGGACGAGUGCCUGGGCAGUGGGAAAAUCCUGCGCCUGGGGCCGUCCGCCUACACACUGCAGAAGGGCAGGAGCAGAGCCGGAGUGACCACGGAGGGCUCUGGCGACGGCCACGGCAGUCGCCCAGGCCUGGGUCCCACACGCUGAUGGAGGCUGAGUGGCUGCUCUGCUGCAGAGCUCGCGAGAGGACGUGUCGGGGGCAGGGCCUGGGGCUUGGCUGCUGCUGCCAGAACCUGCCGCCCCGGUCCCGACCAGGCCGGACAAGGUUCUGAAGGCCUCCAGGGCAGGGACGGUCCGUCUCCUCCCCUUGCUGGCUGGUGGGUCUGUCCCAGGCGCCCCAUUUAGCGAGUUCCUCUUUCACACCCCCAAGAGGGUUUCCCACCAGGAGGACACAAAGCGGACCAGGGGCGGGGUUGUGUGGGCUGCAGGGACGGCAUCCAAUAAAAGUUGUGUCUGGAAUGUGAACUCUGACGGCGGCCUCCAGUGGGGUAGAGGCCCGGGCAGGUGGUCUCAGGGGCUGCACGGCGCUGGCCUGCCCGACCGUGCGGACACACACGUCGACAGCACGAGACAGCGACGGAACCCCCACGCUCCUCGCCCCUCCGUUCACAGCUGUGCCCACCACCUGUGGCACGGGACGGACCUGACGGGCCUUGAGCCGAGGCCCAGCCUCCUAGGUCACACUCAGUGUGUCUGCUGGGGAGGGGAUCUGGAGCCCACCCUGAGGGGCGGCCCCCCUCCGUCUGCAUGGCUGCGUCGAGACCACCCCUCCCCUGCAGAGUGCCCAGCACCUGGCCACCCACGUGAAAGCUGCAGGACUGCAGGGGCCUUCGCUCACGGAAGGAUCAGAGGUGGGAGACUGACUGGAGCACGUGCACGUGUCUGAGUCUGUUUGGGCUGCUGUGACAAAAUACCCCGGACUGGGUGGCUUAGAGACAGCAGGCGCUCAUUUCUCACAGUUGUGGAGGCUGGUGUCUGAGAUCAGGGUGCCAGCUCAGUUGGAUGAGGGUCCUCUUACGGGUCACUGAUGGCCGUCUUCUCACUGUGUCUUCACAUGGUGGAAGGGGUGAGGCCCUUCUGGGACGUCUUGUAAGCACACCAGUCCCAUCCAUGAGGGCUGGCUCCGCCUCCCAAAGGCCCCACCCCCUAACGCCAUGACGGCAGACAGCAGGAUUCUAACCUGUGCAUCUCGGGACACAAACACUCGGACCGUUCAGUGCACGUGCAUGUGUGCACAGGUGUGUCUUGUGGGGAGAGGGUGGCUCUGCCUGGCAGAUGAGAAUGCAGACAGACCUUCAGAGCUGGCGUUGGCUGGGGCAUUUUGGUCUCCACGGAGUCCCGGGGUGACCGCUGUCCUGCUGUCGGCGAUUGAAAGGCCGGCUGGACUGGGAGGCGGGAUGUUUGGAGACGCUCAGCUCUGCCUGCCCCUGCUUGUCCUCGUGGGCUCUGUGCUGCGGGAGGAGCUAUCACCCAGCUCAGGCGGGAAACUGGCCUUUCCUAGGAGGGCCCGAGUCUGCAUGCCCCACUGCCACAACUCCCCAGCCCCUGGGCCCAGCCGCCUGCUCUGGGCGCCAGGACAGGUGAACCUCAGGCUCCCUUCCUUUUACUGGCCUUAUACCCAGCACCUUCUUGGUUCUUCAAGCCAGGCUUCUGUGGGGGUUUGAGGUGUGGUUCCCUGCCUCCUGUGUAGAAGGUUCUAGAGCAGAGGCAGCAGAGCCUCUGAUGGGGGAGCUCCUUGGGAGAGACUUUUCCAAGGGCGGGGGGCGUGCGGAGCUGUGUGCCUCCCUGCCCUCCGAGGCUCAGGAGCCCCUGGUGCUGGGGGGCUGAGCUGCAGGGCCAGCUCUGGGUUGAGGCACCCCAAGUCAGAACCCCCCCAGGCCGGUCACACAAGGAGGAGCCCAAAGUGGGUGACGGGCACCUCACCUCCAGUGUGCAGGGCCUGGGAGCCACAGUGAGGACUGGGUUCCCUUCUGAACAGGAGGGGAGGCCUGGGGAGUGGCGGAUGUGGUUGAGCGAAAGAUCACUCAGGCCUGUGUGAGGUUCAGAUGGAGGGCACGGGGGGCCCAGGUGGGCUGUGGAGGGUUGAACCAGGUGACAGCAAGGACAUGGUUGCACUUGGAAAGUCAGACAAAGUGGGUCAGGGAAUGGACCACUAAGCCCUUUGUCCUGACGCUGUUGGUUGGGUGUCUCUGCUCACCCUGGUCUGCAAAGUGGGGUGUUGUCCAGAGUGGGAGGGGGUCCAGAUGCCCUUGGUUCUUCAGCGAGUUUGGAUCAGGCUGGGCCCCAUAGCUGGCUUAGUGGGACCCUGUGUUGGGGUGACAGGCUGUGGUGUGGGGGAGCUUCCAGAGCUGCGCCAGCCCCCACUGCACACCCCCACCCAGUGCUGGACGGAAUCGGCCCCAGCUCAGUGGUGUCCAGUCCUAGAGCAGCACGUAGACUCCCACUCUGCAGUGGGGCCUGUGAGGGGUCGGGGGACAGGACAUGGACCCUGCCCUGCCAAGUGGGCAGACCGCAUGAGGAGGAGGACGCAUCUCAGGAGGGACUGAGGGUCCCGGCCCGACCUGCACCAAGAGCCCCCAUGUGGCCGGGGGCCUGCGACAACCGAGCUGUUAGAAACACAUAGCUGGUGGGGAGUGAGGGCCGGCGCCCAGAGCAAAGCGUCUUCCUCCCACGCCCCUGUGACUGGAGGAAGCCCCAGUCUAAAGAGCUGAGCCCCUCACGUCCCUCCCCUCCCGCUUCCCAGGCCCUUGCCCUCGGCUCACUCCCACCUGAGGCCCCACCCAGCAGGACGCUUCCCCAAGCGUGGGGAGUUGGCCCAAGCGGCCCACCCUGCCACGUGGUCUCUGAGACGGUUCCUGUGAUCCAGAUGCAGAAUUAGUCCCAGCGAGGUAGGGGGCUUGGGCUGGGCGGCUGCCCCUGCGCAGGUGCAUGCUCCCGCCAGGCUGGACGAGGGAGGCCCUGCUCUGCACGGCCGGAGGCAGACGGCAGCCUGGCACCUGCUCUCCACGUUGUGCUGGGCUGGGGGAGCCAGACAGGCCAGCAGUGCCCCUGGGGACCCUCUGCCUAGCGUGGCGGCCAGGCUGAGACACCGCCUUUGUUCUGCCUUCUCGAAGGGCAGCGCAGAGCCUCCCUGGGCUUAGGUUCCCCUGAUCUAUUGCCCUGGUGGCUGGGCCCCUCGCCUGGGUACAAGGUCUGAACUGUGGACCCGUGGAGGAGCCUCCGUGGUGGGAGGAAGGGCGGCCAGGGGGAGGUCGGCUUGGGCAGGGGCCAGCGGAGGGGAGCCCACCCUUCUAGCCUCUGGCCGGCUCUGUCUGUCCUGCCAGCCCGUUGCCAGGCCUCCAGCCAGGAUGACCAGUGGAUGUAGGUGGGAGGAGGGGGCACAAAGCUGCCGCUGCCCCUCGGGGCACCAGGCCUCACCCGUGGCUGGUGCCCUCGGCAUCCUCCUGCCUGGCAGUGCUAUAGUCUCUCUGGGGCACAGCCGCCUCCCGUGCCACUGGGUGGCUCUGGAAGGCCUCUGGGCAAUGCCUCAGAUUUAGCUGCAGCUGUCGGCCAGGGGGCGCCUUUGAGCUGAGUUCGUUGGCUGGGACUCUGGCCUCUCCCCACUCCCAGCCCAGCCCAGCCCAAGCACCUGGGGCCACCCGACUCCAGGGCAGUACCCUCCAGGGGACCUUCAGAAGACCCACUCAGGCCGAGACAUGGAUGCGCUUCCCCGCUCCUGCCCCGACGGGCACCUGGCUUCCAGGGCCCCGUCACCCUCACCCGGGAGGGAAGGGCCCAGGGCUGGGUGCCUUGAAGGCACCCAGCCCUGGGACCUUCACACACCUCCUCCCGGCUCUUGAUGUGAACCACGCGCUGCCCCCUCUGCCCACAUCGUUUCCAGAGCGUCGCAGCAAGAGCCCAGAGCUGCUCGCGCUUCACACCCAGAAGGCUCUGGCCCGAGGCCCUGAGUCGGUGUCAAACCCCUGGGGCUUGUCUUCUGUCCCCUUGGGCUCCAGCUGCCUUAUGUCCACGUCCCAGGAAGCCUUCCCCACCCUCCGCACACCCCCCACCCCCCACCCCCUCGGGUGUCUUAGUAAACCUCGUCCAGAGGGAGGGGGUCCCGGAUUGAGGCUACAGCUGUGAUGCGAAGGAGCCAUUACACCUGCAGCGGGGUUGGGGGCAGUUUGGAUACUUUUGUGGCCUGGACAAUGUUUAGAUAUUCCGUGUUCACACCUGUGUUUUUGUCUUGAUCCCGGGAGGUCCCAGAGCGGCCGUGUCUGAGGUUGGUGUUGAGUGCAAUUACCUGUGUCCCCGGGACGACCGCCAGGCCAGGCGGGUGCGCCUGCUCCCCUCCGCCGGGGGCUGCGCUCCUUCCCCAGGGCUUUCCCGUUAAGCGCUGCUUCUGAGUCGAGGGAGACGUAUUCGCUCACGGCCACGCCUGAGCGCUGUGCGCGGUGACCGCUAGCAGGUGGACUGCGUUGGAAGCAAAACCUGAAGAAUGGCCUUUGGGGGUGGGGUGUUCGUGGGUGAUUUUUUUUUUCCUUCCUAGACUUGACCCAAGGCUGGCCCCAUCUCUGGAGCUGUGUGGCCACACUGGGGCAAGGGCUCCAAGAGAGGCCUGAAAGGAGGGGCCCUGGGGGCUGAAGAGUGUGGGGGAUCCCCACUGUUUUUGCUCCCUUAAUUUUCCCCAAAGGUGCCGCAGUUGGGUGGAAGUGUGAGGUGGUGCAGGUGGCUAGAACUCUGGAAGAAACCUGUCUUCCUGGACAGAGGAGCCAAGAAAAGGGGCCCCAGAAGUUGGAGUGUUGAAGGCAAAUCCCAGGGGGGAGACAGCGGCAAAGUGGACCCCAGCUUCCAUGUGAGCUGCCAGUGCCACUCGCCUGCAUCGUGGGUGUACGGAACAGACCCCAAACAGCACAUCAGAGGCUCUGUGAGCAGGGCUAUGACAUAAAGUGCCCUGAGUCCCAGACUCGCCGAGCGGCAGGUCUGCAGGGCGGAACCAGGGCAGCACAGCAAAGUCACGGCUCACGGAAGGUGAGACAGAGCUUGUGGUCUGAAUGUAACUGGGCUGACUGCCUGAUAAAACAGGCAAGAAGCAACACCUGCCUCGGGCUCUCAGCAGGCCCCAGAGUCUCCCAGCGUAACAUUCAAAACGUCCAUCGAGGAUUCAGUUUGAUCCUUGAAAUCAGUCAGCAUUCAAAGAACCAGGAAAAUGCCGAGAGAAAAGAAAACAGAGUCAGCCCCAAGAUGACCCAGAUGUCCAAAUUAUCAAAGAAUUUAAAGCAGCUGUUAUAGUCAUAUUCUGUGAGGUAAACACUUGAAAUUCAUGGAAAGCCAGAAGUCUUCAGCAGAGAAAUAAAAAUGAUAUAAAGGAACCAAAUGGAAAUUUUAGAACUUACAGUAUUUGAAGUUAGAAAAAAAAAACACUGGAUGGGGCUUAAUACCAGACAGAGAAAAUUGAGGAAAGAAUCAGUGAACCUGAAAACUGAUCACCAGAAAUGGUCAAAUCUGAAGAACAGAGAGAAGAAUGGAAACAGAUGAACAAAGCCUCGGGGACCUGGCUAACAUUCGUGUCCCUGGAGCCUCAGGAGGACAGGGCAGAGACAUCGGUGCGGG